CACGCAGGAUGAACUUUGGCAGUCGGAGAAUCAUAAUCGGAGACAAUUUCCGAAUUCCCCUCCUUUUGAUGGAUGGCCAAUAACGUAUACGAAAUCAAGAUGGCGGUUUCAAGAGAAUCAAUUACACGAGGACCGGGUUGGCCAAGAAGGACGUCCAGCGUUACGAAUUAUCCAAUACAAACAUCGAAUAACUAUUCUAUGGACAGGACUGUCAGAUUAUAUCCGUUAACAAAUUACACGUUUGGCACCAAGGAGGCACUGUAUGAAAAAGAUAGUUCUGUGUUCACAAGAUUUCAAAGAAUGAGAGCUGAGUACGACAAGUUUGGAAUGAGAAAAACGGUUGAAGGUGUUCUUAUUGUCCACGAACAUGGUUUACCUCAUAUUUUAUUGCUUCAACUUGGAACAACUUUCUUUAAAUUACCUGGUGGAGAAUUGAUGCCUGGUGAAGAUGAGAAUGAAGGACUAAAACGAGCCAUGACUGAAAUUCUUGGUCGACCUGAAAACAUGAGUGAUAUGGAUUGGACAAUUGAAGACAGUCUAGGUAGCUGGUGGCGACCAAAUUUUGAGGCACCUCAGUAUCCAUAUAUUCCAGCACAUAUCUCAAAACCGAAAGAACAGAAGAAGUUAUUUUUAAUGCAACUUGGAGAGAAAGCAAACUUUGCUGUACCUCGAAACUAUAAAUUGGUUGCUGCUCCUCUGUUUGAGUUGUUUGAUAAUGCACCUGGUUAUGGACCCAUUAUAGCUAGUCUUCCUCAAUUACUUAGCAGGUUUUCGUUCUUAUACAUGUAGAAAAAUGAAGUUUUAUUUCCCCAUGAUGGUAACAACAACAGAAUAACGAGGCUAUCGUAGAGUACACAUAGCCACAAUGAAAGAUUGACAAUUGCUAAUGUUUCCAAAUACUUAGGAUGUUUACUGAAAAAAAGUUUGAGAAAUAAAUUAUUGUACCGGAUAUUUUAUUGUUGAAACAUAUUGAGAAACGAAUUGCUGUACUAUGCCUGUAUUGUUAAAAGUAAUGCUCGCUUGCAGAGAUACCCUGAUCUGCGUUAGCUAGUUCAGUAUAAAAAGUUACUUUUUGUUGCAAAAAUGCCCUUAUUUAUAACAGCUACCUCAAAAUAAUAACUCUGGCAUUUUAAUGUGAGAAAUAAUAUUGUAUUUAUGAAAAGCAAUUAUAUUGUCAUAUAAUUAAUAAAAUAUGUGCUUGUGGUAAA